AUGCUUACUGGUUCCCAUCUUGAUGCGGCCAGGGUGGGAUUGGCGAAGCACUGCCCAGUGAUGACCGAAUGUGCUCGCCACGGCAUUCAUCUCAUUGUCGCCCUUCUGCCCAACCCGUCGAGCCAGCAUCUGUCCGCAAAAGGCAUCACCUUCUUUCCCCUCGAUGUGACGGUCGAGGGGUCAGUGGUAGAGCUCAAAGCCCGCAUCCGGGAGCUCGCGGGCGAAUACCUCGACAUCCUGGUGCAUUGCGCGGACGUGAACCAGCUGGAUGCCAGCAAGCUGACUGAAUCAUUGCGUAUACGAUGA